AUGUCCGCUGGACAGGCUGUGGCUGAGAAACUCCAGCAAGCGACCGUUGACGAGGAGAAGAGGCUGGGGCCCGAGGCCCUCUGUUGGCACCCGGCGUGGGCUCAAGCAUGUGGGGAGCAAGAGUACUGGGGUGCGGACGGUCGCUGUGUCCUCUGCGAAGCGUGUCCAGCCGGAGAGGAGCCAGACAGAAAAUGUGGUUAUGGUUCAGGAUUAGGAAUGGCCUGCAAGCCGUGCUCGGCAGGGUUCUUCUCGUCCAGCUCUGGGCUGGAUCUCUGCUCAUCGCAUACCUCUUGCGAGGCCAAGAAGAGGAUCCAUGCCCGCCUUGGAACAGCUACCACGGACACUUUGUGUGGCGCCUGCUUGCCUGGGUAUUACAGUCCGGAUCCGAGAGCGACUUGCCUCCCUUGCCUGUCUGCCCCCAGAGGGGUGCCUGGAUGUCAAGGCCCCCGAAAGCGGCCGACUCGCCUGGCCCGCAACGCAGAGGCCCUUCUGAGACAAGGCGAGAAGACGGCGGUUAACGGCACCCAGGACGGGAAGCCAGAGGAGAGUGCCACGCAGUACGCGGUCCUGGCCAUCGUCCCCGUGUUCUGUAUUAUGGGCUUGCUCGGCAUCCUCUUCUGCAACCUCCUGAUGAAAAAGGGCUAUCACUGCACGGCCCAGAAGGACAUGGAUGAGGAGGCGGCCAAGUCGGAGAGAACUGGGAACAGUGCAGGCUACAGGACGGAAGAAGCGAACGAGGACACCAUCGGGGUCCUCGUGCGGCUGAUCACGGAGAAAAAAGAAAACGCAGUGGUUCUGGAAGAGAUGCUGAAGGAAUAUCAUAGCAAGCAACUCGCGCAGCCGAUUUACAAGCCCCUGAACAAGUUGCACCUCCUGCCCCAGAUCCCUCACAUCUGCCGGCAUCAGCACCACCUCCACACUGUCCAGGGCCUGGCCACGCGCCCAGGCCCCACCUGCACCCGGUGCAGCCAGAAGAAAUGGCCGGAGCUGUCCAUGGAAGCCACCCCCACGGCCGUCCUGCCCGGCAGCUACGCUCCGAAGCCCAUACGGCCGGGGGAGAUCACCAUUCUCUCCGUGGGCAGGUUCCGCGUCGCCCGUAUUCCGGAGCUGAAACCCAACCCCACAGAACUAAAAACCAUCUCCGAGGCGGUGAGGGAGCCCGAGGCCAGUGAGCCCCCCUACGCCUGCCUCGCCCCAGAGCAAAAGCUGCUGGCCAGCCACGGGGGAAAGCUGAAACGGGCCGGGGUGGCGGAGAGUCAGCAAGAG